AUGGGGCCAAAGUAUUGCGUCAGAUUUAUCAAUUCAGCCCCGAAGCCAUCGGACGUCCUGGUUGCCGCUACGAGUGGCACUGUGCGGGCAGAUAGCCCACCUCGACAUACUUCGGGUCAAAAUCGCCAGGCCAUCCGAAGCCGCUUUGGCUGCGAAGAGUGCAGGAACAGACGGGUUAAGUGUGACGAGAAAUUUCCUGUAUGCCUGCGCUGUCAACGUCGCGGUACCUUCUGCCAUCCGAAAGCCCGGCCGGUCGGUUGGCGCACGGAAAUUCCUUGGCUUGCCAAUCCAGGACUGAACCCUUGGAAGACCCGUCCCAAUGCGCGCUUACUGCAGUUUUGGAUGGAGGUUACCAGCAAUAUCCUCACCAUGAGCCCAGAUCACAACCCCUUGUCGUUUCCUCUCAUUCCUCUUUUGGCCGAGAGCCCCAGCCUAUUGCAUGCGGUACAGAGUGUCAGUGCCGGCUAUGACGUUUUCUUCCAGCAGUCAAGUCUUGAUCUCUGCUUGAGGGAACGUGGCCUUGCACUUGAACUCCUCCGCAAAGACCUCCAGGAGCACACUGCAGGCAGCCCCAUCUCCCCCGCGUCUGUCCUCAGCAUCUUUGUCUUGGGCAUUUCUGCACCAUGGGUCGAGACCUCACCACACACCUACGGUCAAGAACAUUUAGUUGCUGGAAGAAUCGCACUCGAAGAUCUCCUCAAUAACGAAAAGACACGGUUGGAUUCAAUUACAACAUUCCUCCUCGGGUGGUAUCUCCAUUGGGAUAUGGCUUGCUCCUUGGUAGCAUCGGUGGAUGGUCUAUUACCACUCGACCCACCUGAGCUGUCCUUGGCCUUCCAAGAUAUACAUUCUAGUUUCCACCCAAUAGUAGGCUUCUCUGCAGGAUUAUUCUAUGUCCUAUCUAGACUGGGACACUACUGUCGACAAGUUUAUGAGCAUUCACAACAACGAGACGAAGUUCUCGAAAUUGCGUUCUACCAACAGUUGAUCUCUUGGCAGCCCAUGUGCCAGGAACAGGACCAUGUUUGCAUGAACGAUUCCUUCAAGUACCACGGUCUGAUUACGCUGGGCAGAGUAUGCGGGCCGGUCGGCAUGACUUCCAUUAACAAAACAAAGGCACCGGAACUGAUCUUCAAGGUGCAAGCUGAAGCUCAACUUCGGGAGUAUACACUCAAGUGUCUAGACGCCAUAUUCGGUGUGCCUCUAGAGUCAGCGUGUAUCAACUAUCAAGCGAUUCCAUUGCUUACUGCCGGCUCAGAGCUGACGGCUAGCGACAUGGCUACACGAGAAAGGGUGAUUGAGUUAUUCAAGGCUUUAUUUUCGCGCAAUCGACUUCAAGUAAACAUAUGGGCCAUCGAAUUGCUCGAGGAGAUCUGGGUUUUGCGGGACCUUGGAAUCGCCAUGUCUUGGAUGGAGUUGCAGACGCAAAAGCAAUGGGUUCUUCAAUUUGGGUAA